UCCCGUGAACGACUCACCCUCAGCCAUUCUCCCGUUGUAUUAGGUUUGAAUAGCCUCGCGCUUGCCUCGUUGCUGGACGCUUUCUUUGCUGAGCAUACCUGCCUGUCUCUGCGGCGACCUGAAAGACAACCCGAAGGCGAGAUAGCUAGGCGGUGCCCUCUUGCCUGUCCGCCACACACACGCGUCCAGGUAAGCCUAUCCCAACACCUCGACGUAGCGCAUUCAAAAAGCGGGGUGACCUGGAGGGAUGCGAUCUCUGUCGUGGUCGAAGAUUUCGAUAACACCGUUCUCGAGAGCACUUGCGCAAGCGUUGGCUAUCCUUUCAUGCCGCUAACGCCCUCUCCUCAGUCCGCCCUCUACUUGCACGAUGAGCCAAGCAGGAUCUUCAGCAGGCUUCGCACAUAUAGGCCUGGCAGGGUCCUCUCAGACCUUCGAUGUGGUCUCCGUAGAUGCGCUUGUCGCCCAGAUUGUCGGGAGCGACGACCCCGUCGCUCUCGCCCGAUUUUUGAAAGACAUCGCGCCGAAAGACUCGCGCGACAACGCGCUCGUCGGCAUGCUCUCCGACAGGAAGGACCCCUUGCUCGUCCUCGACCCUGAACAGCAUACACUAGGGUACCUGCACAUACUAUCAGCGCGAUUUAACAGCGCGGUCUCGCCGAAGCCGAGUCGGGAGGUGAUAAAGGAGUUUUGCAAAAGGUUCAAUCCGGGGCAGGCGCGUUUAGCUCACCAGAAAGUGACCGCACUCGCAAAAUCGAUCGUACGGAUAGCGCAUGACUCGGGAGAUGACAAGUUCGCAUUGGGGCCACUAUACAACCUCCUCACGCGGUACCCGCCAUCACUAGCGUGUCUCACCACUCUGCAUCCGAUAUUCGUCACACAAUGCGUCGCCACAAAGUACUACACACUGGCGCUCCCCGUCCUUGCCGUGCCGAUCACGACCAUCGACCUCAAGCUCUCCGACCUGACAUACAACGACAACUUGCAAUACCACUACGUGGGUGGGGUGGCUCUCGGAGCGCUGAAGCAGUGGAAAAAGGCGGAAGAGUUCUUUGAGAUCUGUGCGAGCUCGCCUGCGCAGAUGCCCGCUGCGAUACAGCUGGAGGCGAGCAAGAAGCUUGUCCUGGUCCAGUUGAUCCUGUACGGGAAGACCGUCCCUCCCCCCAAAUACACGAACAUCGCCCUGCAACGACUGCUGAAAAGCUCGCCAUAUGGGGCAUUCGCCAAGUCAUAUCCUCAGGGCAAGGCCCAGCUACUGGGAAGCAUCCAAAAGGAUGCGGAUCUUUUCAACAACGAGAAACAUCUCGGUCUGAUCCACCAGGCGAUAGAUCGCGCACCGCGCUGGUUGAUUCAGAAGCUCACCUCGACGUACCUCACGCUCGGCCUUGCGGACAUCGCGAAGGAGGUCGGCAUCGGGAGCGAGGAGGAGGUGCGCUCGAUCGUCCUCAGCAUGAUCGAGUCGGACGAGAUCAACGCGACGAUCUCUGCGGACGGCACGGUGACAUUCUCGGACCCCGUGCCGCAGAUCUCGAAGGCGGACGUGGACCUGAUGCUCCGGCAGGCGCAGGAGCAGACGAGGCUGCUCUACGAGCUCGAGCGGACCAUGAACGCGAACAAGGACUACUUGACCAAGGCCGUCAAGCACAAAGAUGAGGCGGGCUGGGGCCCGGAUGAGGACGUGUAUUCUACGGGUGGCGGAAGCGGCUGGGUAGAGGACUCAGUGAUGUAAGGAAUAGUGUGUGUACAGGUAUCCCUCUUCGUGUUGCUUUCGAACGAUC